ACCUGAUGUGAACUUUAUAUUUCCUGUGAAUAUAAUCUCCCCAAAGUCCAGUCUCAAGAGUCUUACAUUUUAGGUAGAAAAAAAUAUAAAAACCAAACUGAAAAUUUUUCCAGAAAAUACUUCAAAAUAAUGUGUUGUUUUGUAUUCCUAAUUAUUCAUUUAUAGUUAAAUAUAUUAAAGCACAGGUUCAUUUCAAUGUCAGUAGCUAUAAGUCUAAAGAUACUUUUCUUCUAUUAGGUUGUUUACUAUGUCAUUGGCUGAUCUAACAGAAACAAAUCUAGAUGGACAUUUCCCCAGUGUGGCCUUAGAAAACGGCAGGAGUUCUGCAAAAUGCCAGAGCAGCAGCCCAGGUUUUCCCAGGAACAGCAAUGAUUCCGACAAGAGUGUUGAUUACAGCAGAUCUCAGUGUUCCUGCAGAAGUUCAAGUUCUCACUACGAUUAUUCAGAAGACUUUCUCUCUGAAUGUUCAGAAACCGCGGCUAAAAAGAAUUAUUUAGAGAAGCCUGUAGUAAAAGAAAAAAAGGAGGAGAAGAGAAAGUAUAAUGUUUCUAAAAUCUCCCAACCUAAAGGCCAGAAGGAAAUCUCGGGGGAGAAAAAGCACAACUGGAAUGCACCAGUUUUAAAUUCUCAGAUCAGCGUGGCUGCCCAGAGACGAGAUGCCAUGGCUCACCGCAUACUCUCAGCGAGGCUUCAUAAGAUUAAAGAACUGAAAAAUGAAGUAGCUGAUCUACACCGCAAACUGGAGGCCACAGUCAUAGAAAACCAAUUUCUGAAACAACUCCAGCUUAAGCACCUGAAAGCUAUAGGAAAAUAUGAGAAUUCACAAAAUAAUCUACCUCAAAUUAUGGUUAAACAUCAGAACGAAGUAAAAAAUUUAAGGCAGCUACUCAGGAAAUCCCAGGAAAAGGAAAGAGCCGUGUCUGGGAAACUUAGAGAAACAGAUAGCGAGCUGUUGAAGACUAAAGACGCCUUGCAGGCACUGCAGAAACUUUCUGAAGACAAAAAUCUUGCAGAGAGGGAUGAGCUUACUCAAAGAUUGUCUGUUCUUACAACAAAAAUGGAGGGAAAUGACAAACAAAUACAGAGCUUGGAGAAACAACUGAGGCUGAACAAUAAAACCUUUACUCAGCAGUUGGCCUUUGAGAACCGGAAGACCUCAGCAGCUCAAGCAGCUACAAAGACUCUGCAAAUGGAAGUAAAACACCUUCAACAAAAACUUAAGGAGAAGGGUCGAGAGCUGGAAAUUAGAAACAUCUAUACUAACCAGAUACUUAGAAAUUUACGUGACAAAGAAGAUUACCCAAAAGUUUCUUCAACAAAGUCAGUACAAGCAGACAGGAAAAGUGUUUCAUUUACAAGUAUGCGACACCAGGAAACCCAAAAAUCGGAAGAUGUUCCAUCUUGGACAAAUAAGGGUAAAAAGACAAGAGGAAACAUUGGUCAUAAAGAAAAAUCGAUUGAAAUAAUCCAUGCAAUUCCUCACUGUAUCAGUAAACUCCCAAACCAAGAGGAUUCCAAGAGAAAAUAUGAAGAUUUAUCAAAGGAAGAGAAACGUUUGGAAGCACAGCCACCUCUGGAGAAUAUUGGACGGCAGAGAGAGAGAACAGAAGAUCAAGAAAAGAAAACCACUUUAGUGAAAGAAGAACAGGAACUACCACCAAAAAGAAUUCAAGUAAUCCGUCCCGAAGGGGAAAGUGGUCAGGAAGAUGAUACAGUAAAUGAAAAGUCUAAAAGAAGUCCAGAAAUAAGUGAAAUGGGCGAAAUGCCAGCUAAAAAUGCUGCUCCAAAUAUCAAAAUACCCUUCAGACAAAGAAAGCAUUAUUCAUUCACAGAAGCAGUCGAAAACUUGCAUCACGGGCUUCCUGCCUCAGGCGGGCUGGCCAAUGCAGGCAGCACGAGGUGCACUCAUAGCACAGGCAAGCACCACAGCCACGGGGAAGAACUGAGGCUGGAGCAUCCUACUGUCACCUAUGAACCCUCUUUUGGUAAAUCUUCCAGAACAAAAGCAAAAGACACAACUUUCAGAGAGAAGAAAAGCAGUCUCAUGGAAGAACUCUUUGGAUCAGGCUAUGUCUUAAAAAAUAACCAAACAAGCACUGCUGUUAUGAAGGGGCCUGAGGAGACUUUGCAGAGUAAGAAGAUGCAUCAUUUACCCCCUAGUCAGGCCUCCACCAGCAAUGCUUUCGGAGAUUCUAAAGUAACUGUGGUAAAUUCUAUUAAGUCAUCUUCACCUACAGAAGGAAAGAGAAAAAUAAUUAUUUAAAUAUAUUCCAAUAUUCUAAUCCACUCUGGUUUGAUAUUCUGGUUUUAUGUGCCUUUAAUCUCGUAGUUUUAAUGUGUGUGUGUGUGUGUGUGUGUGUGU